CGCGCCGCGCCUCGCCGGUCGCUCCGCUAUUACCGCUCUCGCCGCGCGCGUAAAAAGUUUACACCUCCACGAAAACUUUCUGCCACAGCGAAAAUACUCAACAGUAAAUGUUAAACUUUGUUUUGUAGCCAAUCUGUUGUCUGCACUGCACUUAUAACUCUAUCCGUAAAUUGUGUUUUAAUUUUCCUGUGUUUUUAAGAACUUAGAAAACUCUGCCAAACUAGAUAGAAGUUUAACUUUGCAGAUGAUUUGUUGAUUUUGAACAAUUAUUUUAGGCGAACGAAAAAUAUUUGAAUUUGAAAAUAGUGUGAGAACAUCAGCAUCAUAACGUCGACGCGGGAAUUAUCGAAGUUGCGACUGCACAGAUUAUGUGGGGUUCCAUCGAUGGGAUGCGCGGACGGUGACGUGGUGUGCGGCCGGGCUGAGGGUGCUGGCGGGGUGGAGGCGGUGAACUUGAUGCUGCUCCAGGGUGAGGGUCGCGAGCGGCCCGCCAUGGACGAGGAGUGCUCGGCGCGGCCCUGCGCCACAGACUUCUCCAUCGCCGCCAUCAUGGCCCGUGACCGGCAAGAACGCCGCGAGAGGCGAAGACAUAGAGACCCUAGAGAAGAUACCCUCACACCUUUAGAAAAAUUCGUGGACGCGGCGGCUUCUGCGUCAGGCUCGCCGUCGCCCCCUCUAGCAGAGUACGAAAGAGAUUCACCAGUAGACGUGUCAUCGACAUCCGAAGCAGGCUCAGCAAGCGGAGCGCCGGGCGGCUCUAGAGCCCUAUCCCCUCCCCCGAGAAACCCACAGCUGGUUGAACGCUGGUCCAGUGAAGAGAUGAAACACAUACAAUGUCACCUCGAGACCAAGGAGCUAUGGGACAAAUUCAAUGAACUAGGCACUGAAAUGAUCAUUACCAAGACUGGCAGACGGAUGUUCCCGACGGUGCGCGUGUCGUUCGCGGGGUGCCGCGCGGAGGCGCGCUACGCCGUGCUGCUGGACGUGGUGCCGGUGGACGGCAAGCGGUACCGGUACGCGUACCACCGCUCCUCGUGGCUCGUGGCGGGCAAGGCAGACCCGCCCGCGCCCGCGCGCCUCUACCCGCACCCCGACUCGCCCUUCUCCGGGGACCAGCUGCGCAAGCAGGUCGUCUCCUUCGAGAAGGUCAAGCUCACCAACAACGAAAUGGACAAAAAUGGACAGUUGGUGCUAAAUUCCAUGCACAAAUACCAACCGCGCAUACAUCUAGUCCUGCGGCGAGAAGGCGCAAUCAACGCGCCCAUCACCGAUCUAGAACAGGAAGAGUUCAAGACCUUCGUAUUCCCCGAGUGCGUGUUCACCGCCGUCACCGCGUACCAGAACCAACUGAUCACGAAACUAAAAAUCGACAGUAAUCCGUUCGCGAAGGGGUUCCGUGACUCUUCACGUCUCACUGAAUUCGAAAGAUUCUAUAUCACGGGGGAACACGAAAGAACAUCAGUCUUCCCCGACGACCCGCGCAUCAGCGCUGCCAAUCAUAGGGAGACGAUGGAGUCGAUGUUAGCGGAGCAGCACUACCUGCGGUCGCCGCUGCGACCGUUCGACCUGGACCAGCACAACAACAACCUGACGUUAGAGGAGAAGGCGAUCCUGGCAGCGCGGUCGCAGUUGUUCCUGCGGGCAGCGUACCCGCUGUAUGGCGUGCCGGCAGCGGCGCUGUGGGGGCAGUGGGCGUGCCUGGCGCCGCAGCUGCUGGCGCAGCAGCACCUGGCCGCGUCAGGGUCGGGGUUGCAGUUGCCGCGGCCCGUGUACCCGGGUGGCGUGGGCGGCAUGGGCGGCGUGCCGGCCAGCCCGCUGGCGCAGCACCGUUUCUCACCGUACCCGGCGCGACGCGCGUCCCCCGGCUCGUCCCCGGACUCGCUGCGCGACGCCAGUCCGCACCCCGCGCCACUGCCGCCGCACACCCCGCACCCGCACACCCCACACCCCCCGCACAGCCCAACUUAGUGAUAAGAGUAAAAAAAAACUCCCCAAGAUCUCUGUAGAUGCGAUGUAAGAAUGUUUAUAUAGAUCAUUUUGAUAGAAAAUGAAGAAGGUAUUUGCAUGUGCGUCGGCGCGAGCCGCCCUGCGGUAAUAGCAAUGGAACGCGUUGUGCUUGAACUUAACGACGAGGAUGUACCGACAGUCUGAAGUGAAACAGGAAAAUGACUUGAGUGUGAACUGAAAAGACACGUGAUUUGUAUGGGGUUCGACCGCUACUUCUUGUGAGGUACACGGCCGUUUAUCUGAAGAGAAAUAUGGGUUUUUUGUAUGAUAUUGUAAAAUAAUUAUAAAUACAUUUAAAUUUGUAACUACAUGUUAUAUGUUCCUAAUAGUUUUGUCUAGUAGUGAUGGUUUACGCGAAAUUAAUGUUAUAGUUGUAGCAGUAGGAUAAUGAGCAUUGGAAUGCAUUUCAAACAUUUGGCUACUGUUAUUGAGUGGCUAUUGUGGUGGCAGUGAUAGCCACUGAGAUAAUAUUUUAAUUUGCUAUGUUCGACGCACCUGAUUUCCACUUGGUUAGGUAAAUGUGCAAUACAUCAGAGAAACUAAAUUGUUUUUUCGAUCUUAGAGUAAUUUAAGAGUAGAUGUAUUUAAACUGUAGAGAUUAUAAUUGCUGUCUGUGUUCUCGGUUAAUUCCAUUGCAGAUAAGUUUCAAAAGGACACAUAGAAGUACCUACACAGUUACAUUGUAGCUAAAUUAUAGUUAUUAUAAAUAAUAUAUUGCUAAAAUGCGAAAUUAAAUGUUUGUUAACAUA